UUACAAUGUUCACUUUGCUUAUUGGAACUGGUUUCAAUUCUGCAUGACAGAGUAAGAGAGAGAGAGAGAGAGAGAGAGAGCUUAGCUUGUAGAGAAACAAACAAGAAGUAUUCAUUGUUUUAUAAAUUAUUAUAAUUUUUAUUUUUUAUUUAGCACAUUUUGUAAGAGUAAGGUUAAGAGGGGGUAAAGGUGUAAGGGUAUGGGUACGUGGCUGUCCUCUCCUUCUUACACUUUAUAUUUACUUCUCUUCCACUUUUGGUUUGGUUCUUUGCAGGCUAUUCUUGUUGUGGUCUUUGCCGUUUUAUUUUCUCUCUACUAUUUAUAUUUUACAUAUUUUCUUUCCCGAUCUAAUUAAUUUUAAGUAGUAUUUUAAUUAAUUGGAUGAUCAAGGAGUAGGUGAUCUGGAAACGGCUAUAAGAGGAGAGCUGUAGCUGUUUACUUCAGUUCAGUUAGAGCUGCAGAAGAGAAGUAUCUGUCAUUCCAAUUCUAGUUUCGACUCUUCCAAUCAUGGCUUCAUCCAACAGACACUGGCCAAGCAUGUUUAAGUCCAAGCCCUGCAACUCUACUGCCCAUCAUCACCAAUGGCAGCAUGACAUGAACUCCACCCUAAUCUCAUCCACUGCCUGCAACAUAAACCCUUACUCUUCAGGGUCUGGAUGUGAGGAAAGAACGCCGGAGCCGAAGCCGAGAUGGAACCCUCGGCCGGAGCAAAUCCGUAUUCUGGAAGCUAUCUUCAACUCGGGAAUGGUGAAUCCUCCCAGAGAGGAGAUCAGAAAGAUUAGGACCCAAUUGGAGGAGUACGGACAGGUCGGAGAUGCCAAUGUUUUCUACUGGUUUCAGAACAGGAAAUCCAGAAGCAAACACAAGCAACGCCAAACCAAAUCUCAAUCUCAGAACACUCCCAAAAAUCCUUCGCCGUCUGCCACUCCGGCGGCCUCCGCCGCCGCCUUCGUCGCCGCCCCAACUCCUUCUUCUUCCUCUUCCGAGAAAUCAUCCAACAACAACUCCAACGAUAAAACCCUUUCUGCCGUCGCCCCAACCGCCAAUGUAAUCGACUUGCUCAAUUCCAAUUCUCCAACUCCUUCUGUUAACCAGCCGUUUCUCCAAACCUCCUGCGAUUUCUUGGCCGAGCCUUUCUUCUUUCCGGUGCAGCACGGCGGCGGAGGAUCAGCGUCGUCUGCGAGUGUGACCCAGGGUUUCUGCUUUCCGGCAGACGUCUCCGCCGUAGUGGCCGAUCAGAGCGUCGAGAAUUGCCAGAAUUUUCUCCUGAGUGAUCUGAUGCUGAUGAGCAAUUUCUCUUCCAAGAAAGAAGACGAGCCUGAGAAAUUACUGAAACAGCAAAAUCUUAGUUUCGCUGCUGCUGCUGCACCCACCACUGUUCAACCCACUGUUCCUCAUCACUAUCUCUCCAUUCCAUCGGCUAACAAUCAAAUUCUUCAAGGAGCAGGCGUGGGAGGAGAUCAUCAUCAUCACAAUCAAACUCAAAAUAAUGAUCAUCAAGUCGGCCCCACAAAGUCGAUGGUGUUCAUCAACGAUGUCUGCUUCGAAGUCGGCGUCGGACCGUUCAACGUGAGGGAGGCAUUCGGAGACGACGCCGUUUUGGUGCAUUCGUCGGGACAGCCUGUGCUGACCAAUGAUUGGGGAGUGACGCUGCAGCCCCUCCAGCACGGCGCCUUCUACUAUCUUCUCCGCCCCUUCGCGCCUCCUCCCGGCGGCCAUGUCCAUGCCCAUGACAGGUCUUCCAUUGAUUUGAUUUAGGGAUCAAAUCGAUGAGGAAGGCUGAAGCAGUUAAAUCAGGCUCCAUCCAUGAUCGUUAAAAUUCUAUCUACCUAGUGUUUUUAUGUUUGUUGCUUUCCAUAUAUAUAUAUAUAUAUAUAUUUCUAGGACUAUUUCUCCUUGAGGUUCUUCUGGAGAACAAUCAUUUAUUAAUGCUAGGAACUGCUUUUUAUAUAAAUAUAUAUCUAU